AUGGUUACUUUCAUACAGCUAAGAGAAUUCUCUGCACAGAUGUGUGACAUAUUGGACCAUCUGUUGCUGACCUUGGCAAGCAGCAAUCUCAUCACUGUGGACGAGUCCGAGCCUGACAACAUAUCUCACUACUGCAUGGGCCGCAUCGUGCUGGAGCAACUGAGGCUGAGCGUAACGACAUUCCACUACUGUGAGCCCAUGCCGUACCUGGCCAGAGUCAACACCGGCCUCUUCAAGCGCAUGCGCUGGAAUGUGAAUCGACUCAAUUGUCCAAAAGAUGGAGAGAGCAAGCCUGAGACAGAAUACUACUACCUGUGCUAUGAGGAUAUUACCGAUAAGCACGCAGAUGGUGACAAUCCGGAUUCCAAAGUGGUGCGGAUGUGGUCCAUUGGUCAGUGGAUUCAGGUCCAGCCUGACCCCUGCACAGAGACCAUCUUUGACUGGGUGCUUUGUGAAGUCCCCGAGGGCGCCUAUGAGAAGCUCCUCUUCAUGGGUAGCGACGAGCCAACAAGUUGCACAGCCACAGAACACCUGCUGCAGCUACUUAUGUCAUCCAUGAACUCGGCAGCGCUUUUGUAAAUAUGCAAUAAAUUGAACCGGGGAUUUUAAUUCAUUACAAGUAGAUUUCAGGAUUUCUGCCAGGAUGUUUUCUAAUUAACAUAGAAAAUUGAGUUUUUGUAGCAAUUGGGCUUAAAUGCUGAAAUUGAAUUUAAAAUAUGCAGAAUUAUUGGACCGUUGAAUGUGGACUGGGUUGCAUCAGCCAAUUAAUGUGGAUGGAGGAUGAAAACAUGUCAAAUAUUCUUUUGGUAAAUAUUAAAUGUCACAAGCAGGACUCCGACGUUAUGUAAGGGAAGAGUCAAAUGCAUUUUAAAAAUAUUGGUUCAAAUGAUCAUUUUCAAGGUGGUCAGGGUGAUUUUUAAAACUAAGUCACAUUUUGUAUCACUGUUAAAC